GUGACCGUUGUUGCCUGAGGAAGAAGGCUAUCCAACUUUUCAUUCUCAAGCUCAUCGCUCACUAGUCAUGUCUCUAUCAGAUGUUUUUGUUCAGAUUAGAAAUAAAUUUGACAAGAACGGCCAUCCUAGUGAAGUUCAUGGACCUGGACACCGCAAGGUACUAGCCAGGGAUGACAACUAUUUCAUCACUGAGUUGCCUGAAAAGUGGCGUGUUGAUUACGAUAGGAGGGCAGGGCACGAGAACACUGGCUACUUUUCCUGCAACUAUCUCCCCUACGUGACCUUUGAUAAUCUCAAGCACACUGAUGUCUAUGACCUCAUUGGAGACCACCUGGGAAUAGUUGUGCAGAAUCACUGGUAUUACAUGCAGACGCUCCACUUGGCUCAGUUCCCUCCUCAAGACUCCAAUACUGAGACUAACAACUCUCCAAAUACUAUUAUCGUUGUCUGUGAUGGAUCGAGUGGGCGUCAUCAGUCCCUCCCCCACUCGAGACAUGCUGGUCUCUUCUCGAUUCGUGUAGUCCUUGGCUCUAACACUCGGACAAUAAUGGAAAUGGCUGCAGGAAGCUCAUUCAGAGAGACCUCCAGACUGGAGGAAGUGAGAGAGAAAUAUCUUACUGAAAUGCGAGAACCUAAGGAGGUCAAACAAGGUGGUCACUAUGUGUCUGUUAACAACCCAUCGGGCUACCUGCUUCCAUUGCUGCACACUGCCUCUAGCAAGACUUGUCUAGUCAGCGACCAAAGGCCCCCCCCCAAAUACAAAUGGGUCGAGUUACUGCAGUACAUCAGUAGUGAUAAAAUUGAUGACCCAGAGUAUUCUUUGCCAUCCGGUAAUCUUUUCCUGGCAAUGAUAGCUGCUCAUUUUAAAAUGCCCCACAUGGAGAAGCUCAAACAAGAGGAGGAUGCAGAAUUAUUUCACACUAAAAAAAAGGUGCGGAGGAAGUGUCUUGCAAAGCUGAAUUGUGUCCAUGCCAUUUUGUGUUGUCUCCAUAACAUCAGGACAAGGGAUCUAAGAAGUAAAGAACCACUAUCUUUCAUUACCGUGAAAGCAUUGUCACAAAAAGUCCUCAAUAAAGAUCAACAUAGUGAGGCUCACCAUCACCUAACUCCCCAUCGUAAUCCCUCACCUAUCACUAAUCACUCAACUCAUCACAUACAUGGAAGAAACAGGAACUAUCGUGGGCAUAACUUCCCUCUAGUUGAAACUUGGGAAGAUCUUGUCCAUAUCAACAAGUCUACUGGAGAGAAGAUGAAAUCUCGAUUUCCAUCAUUGAUGAUCGGUACAUCAGCAACAGCUGGCAGCUCGAGUACUCUCCCCAAAUUGCAUAGUAAAGAAAUAAUCAGAGGAGAGCCGACAGGAACCACCGAAGCUAACCUCAAGCCCCAGAGGGUCCUCCCUCUGUGGCAGAGACAAGUGGUGUACGUGAAACACAAAGAGGAAGAAGAGAGCUUUGGUAAGCAUGACCCUGCUAAGAACCUUAGCGAUUGCAUUGAGUCCUUCCAGUAUUUCAAGAGUGAUAUGUCCCGGAAAGCCAAGAUUUCCCUCGACGAAAGAAAGCAACAGCUGGAGAAGCGUAUGAUGGUGAAAGUAGCAAACCUGAAGCUGGGAGUCAAUGUUAACCAUUGCCUGGGGGACAUGAGGACCAAAGCCUACCAGUUGAAGAAAAGAGAAGAAGCAGAGGAGAACCGCAAGCCCAAGUGGUACGUCCUCCUUGAAAAACAGGUGGCGGCCGUAUUUGAACGGAGAGGGAGAGAGCCAGAGCCACAAAGACUGUUGGCCAAACUGAAGCAGUUCUUCAAAACGGACCAGAUUACAGUGCCACAUAUCUUGGAGAAGCUUUGUCUACUGUUCAUGUCUCUACCAGCCAACUACGUGUCCCUAGGCCCUGUCUUCACUGCUAUUCAGUUUGUGACAGAGUACAUUGUGAAGACCCCUCCCACUAUCUGCCGGCAGUGGCGGGACAUUAGGAAGCUGCCCUCUGUUACCACAGAGCUAACCGACCCGGCCUAUUUGUUUGGAGUGCGUGUAUAGAGACUCACAAUUAAAACUGAACACUGAACUUUAGUUUUUUUUAUUGCUUUCUUUUGUCCAUGGCAAAUGUAAGUGUUGGCUCUUUGUAAAUCAACAAUUCAAAUUGAUGAACAGA